AUGAACAACCAACGUCCACCGUAUCCCAUGCAGCCACAAGGUACACGUCCUCCACCACCCCAUGGUCAUCCUCAAGGCCCAAAUGCCGCUGCUGUCAGACCACCACUUACACCAAACGCCAAUCAACAACGUCCUCAGCAACAACAACAACAACAACAACCAGGCAAUGCUCCUAUGCCACCUGCUGGACAACCACGAUUGGCUCAAGGCUUCAAUCCUAAUCGUCCAAUGCAAUCUCCACCGCUUGUCAAUCCAUCACAACCAGGCCAGCCACCCACUAUUAUGCGUCCUGCUCCUUCACCAGUGGCAACAAACUCACCCAUGACACCUCAACAACAACAACAACAGCCUCGACCAGGAUACGUUGGUCAUAGUCCCUCUAUGGCACCAGGAAUGGGUGUAGUAUCUCCAGGAUCCACAAGCAUGGCAUCACCUGCUGCUGCUCCUGCUCCUGCUCCUUCAAGUACAACAGAGCAUCAUAGACGCAGAAGAAUGUAUCCAGAACAAAUCACGCAAGCAUACAUGGAUGAACCUGCUACCUCUAUGGCACCACCACAACAACAGCAACAACAACCUCAAUACAUGACACCAGCAGGUGGACAGGCUACACAAGGAAUGGCGGCUCCACAGCAACAACCCUAUCCUGGAUAUAAUAAUCAACAAGCAUCAGUAAGCAGCAUGGCAACUCAAUUCGGUAGCAUGAGCUUGGGUGGAAGUAAUGCACCCCAUUCAGUUCCUUUGUCAGGGUUACGUCCACAAAUUGUCGAUCUCAAGGGACCCCAGCCUGCCAUUCGUCUGCCACCCAAUGCAUCAUUGACCGAUUCGCCCUUUGCAAAUUGUGAUCCAUCCUACAAGUGCUCCACAUUAAAUGCCAUCCCAUCCACCGAACAGCUUUUGAAAAAGUCACGUCUUCCAUUGGCUCUUGUGCUGGCACCUUACAGAACAGUGGAUGAAGGCGAGCAACCUGUUCCCGUCAUUACUGAUAGCGUUAUUUCACGAUGUCGUCGUUGCCGCACUUAUAUCAAUCCCUUUGUUACGUUUGUCGAAGGAGGCCAACGUUGGAAAUGCAACAUGUGCUUUUUGCUGAAUGAUGUGAUGUCCGCUUUUGAUUAUGAUUCUGUUGCACAACGACCUGUGGAUCGCUGGAAAAGAGCUGAAUUGAAUUAUGGAUGUGUGGAAUUUGUGGCACCUACAGAGUAUAUGGUUCGACCACCCCAAGCACCCGCCUAUGUUUUCGUCAUUGAUGUAUCCUAUUCAGCAGUACAAUCAGGGAUGGUGGCAACAGCUGCAAGGACCAUUUUGGAUUCUCUUGAACGCAUACCCAACAAGGAGCACCGUACCAGAGUCGCCUUUAUCACUGUUGACAGCUCGUUACACUUUUAUAGCUUGAGUGAAGAAGCAAGCGAACCCCAAAUGCUGGUUGUCUCUGAUCUUGAAGAUGUCUUUCUUCCUCAACCCACCCAACUCUUGGCCAAUCUCUCCGAGAAUAUGGAGGCUAUCAAAGGAUUCUUGGAAAAGUUACCAGACAUGUUCAAGGCGACUGCUUGUGUGACCAAUGCUUUGGGAAGUGCCUUGCAAGCAGCCUAUAAACUUGUGUGUGCCAACGGCGGAAAAAUCGUUUGUUUGCAAUCGACCUUACCCAACGCUGGUAUUGGAGCUCUCAAACCUAGAGAAGAUGUCAAGAUGCUAGGUACAGCCAAGGAAUCACAACUUUUGAAUCCAGCAUCUCCAUUUUUCAAGUCCUUUGCAGUGGAUUGUUCGAGAGCUCAAGUUUCUUGUGAUAUGCUUAUCUUUGGUGGACAAUACUCGGAUGUCGCUACAUUAGGCUGCUUACCUCACUAUACGGGUGGUCAAACCUAUUACUAUCCUGGUUUUAAUGCGAGCAGGACCGAGGAUGCACUCAAGUUUGCACACGAAUUUUCCGAAUUGUUGGCUGAAGAGAUUGGAUUGGAGGCUGUUAUUCGUAUUCGAGCUUCUCGAGGACUACGCAUGAGCGCUUUCCAUGGCAACUUUUUCAUUCGCUCCACUGAUCUACUUGCUCUUCCCAAUGUGCCACGCAACCAGUCUUAUUGUGUUGAAGUGUCUAUCGAGGAUGAAAUUAAGGCACCCACAGUAUGCUUCCAAACGGCAUUGCUCCACACGACAUGCCAUGGAGAGCGACGUAUUCGAGUCAUUACCCUUUGCCUACCUGUCACUUCCUCUAUAUCUGAAAUUUAUGCAAAUGCCAAUGAACAAGCACUUGCUGGUUACUUGACCAACAAAGCCAUCGAGAGAGCACUUUCUUCAAAGCUGGAUGACGCGCGAGAUGCCAUUGUCAACAAGUUGGUGGAUAUCCUUGGUAUCUACAAGUCCCAUGUACAAGGAUCGGCACCAGGAUCAACACCCCAAUUGACAGCCCCCAACAACUUGAAAUUGUUACCAUUGCUAGCAUUGUGUCUCAUCAAACAUGAUGGAUUGCGGCAAAGUUCUCAAAUCCCUACCGACUUGCGUUCAAAUGCCAUGAAUCUUUUGCGUACCAUGCCUUUGCAAUUACUAUUGCCGUAUUUAUACCCCAACCUCUAUUCUCUUCACAAUAUGCCUCCGGAGGCCGGUGAGAUCACGGAGAAUGGUGUAUCGUUUCCUCCAGCAUUGAAUUUAACAGCUGAAAACAUUGAACCGCAUGGAUGUUACCUCUUGGAAAAUGGACAACAUAUUUUCAUUUGGGUGGGACGCGGCGUUGUACCACAGCUAUGUGCCGAUUUAUUCGAUGUACGGUCAUAUGAAGGAUUACGAGGUGGCAAGGCCAUCCUACCCACACUUGAAACACCCAUCAAUCGCAAGGUCAACAUGCUCGUUGGCAAGAUUCGUGAAAUGCGCAGGGGCAACUAUUAUCCUAAUCUUUAUCUUGUCAAGGAGGAUGGUGAUCCUUAUCUUCGACUUUGGUUCUUGUCCCAUUUGGUUGAAGAUCGAACCGAUAACAUCAUGAGCUAUCAACAAUUCUUGCAACAUCUCAAAGACAGGAUGACCUCUGCAUCCUACUGA